UUCAACAAAGUCUCCCAAAAACUCGGGAAAAGUGCAAAAUUCAUCGAAAUGGGAGCACUAACAAGCCGACAAAACGCUGCAGUCGAAGAAGUGGAUAAUGUCGCGAACCAAGCGUACAAAUAUCCGCCUCGAUCAGGCAAUUAUUUUUCGAGUCAUUUUAUCAUGGGCGGCGAGCGUUUCGACACCCCACAACCCGAGGCUUAUCUCUUUGGCGAAAACGCAGAUUUGAAUUUCCUCGGAAGCAAACCCACUCCUUUUCCUUAUCCACCGCCUCAAGCAAAUGAACCCACAAAAACCCUCAAGAGCUUAGUGAACAUCCGCAAGGAAACCGUUCGUUUCGUGCGCGCCAGCAGCGAGACUGCGGUAAAAUUGCAUGCAGGCGACGGACCCAUCAGUACAAAGGGAAACUUGUACAAUAUCGAGUUCAUUUUCGAUUCUGACGUCAAAUGUGCAAUUACGAUUUAUUAUUUUGCCUCUGAAGAAAUUGGGGCGACGGGACUUUUGUAUCAUUCGCGAGAUGCGUCGCUCACUUCCGAGACUUUUCAUUAUAAAAAAGGGGCUGGACAGGUUUUUAGUCAACCGAUGCAUAUUUUUAGCCCUUCUGUGUUUCCGGAAGACGAUUUGCAAUACUCGGCGGAGAAAGAUAUUUAUCCCGUGGCGAUUCAUUGUGUCGUUGAGGAAGGUUUGGACGAGCCGAAACAGUCUCAUACGACAAUUUGCGUCGUCGAUCAUCACACGGAUGGGAUGUAUGUCCUUCGGGCACUCAAACAGAAGCUUUUUGUCGACGGUUUGUGCUACUUACUGCAAGAAAUCUACGGAAUCGAGAACAAAAACUUGAACAAGGUCAUCCAGGAUGACGACGAUGCCGAAGACAAUGGCAGCGAAUGUGUCAUUUGCAUGUGUGACCAACGCGAUACGCUAAUUUUGCCCUGUCGGCAUCUCUGUUUGUGCAAUACGUGUGCCAAUUCGUUGCGAUAUCAAGCAAACAAUUGUCCGAUUUGUCGCGCCCCCUUUCGGGCGUUGUUGCAAAUUCGCGCCGUGCAGAAAACCGCUGGAAACGCGCAUAAUUUGAUCAUUGCGCCAAAUCAGGGUGACGAUGUCGACAACAUUCCCGCUGGAUAUACGGCAGUUUCGCUCAUUGAAGCGCUAAAUGGACCGCCGCCAAUUCCCAAGCCGCGAGCGAUUAGUCCGAUUACGCAGGAAAGUGUAGAUGUCGCUGCGGCAAACAGCAGAAAUGGCACGCUUGAACGCAAAAAGACAGUUGAACUCGAAAAACGUGCGAGUCUCAAGGAAAAACGUGAUACUCAGUUGGAGAAAAGAAACUCAGUUGGCGGUAAGGAAGAAACAAAUGGCGGAGGAGUGGCGAAAGAAAAUGGCGCAAUUUAUAAACAUUCCUCACCGCCAUCUUUGGUUAGGUCGGCAAGUAGCAAGGAAAGAUCGUGCAAGGAAAAGUUGGCAAAUCGGAGUCAAUCCAUGAAACUUGUGAACGAGAAGACGGCGAAUACGAUAACGGACAAUGAUGACGAUUCUGAAGCAGAAAAAUUAUCUCCGUUAUUGAACAACAAAAUCGUAAAAAUCCCCAUAAAAAAAGCACUGAACAAUUCCAUUCAAAUUGACGAUAUUGAUGGGCAUGAAGAGACUGAAGUCGCCAACAACAUCAAUUUGUCUCUCAAAAAAAAAAAGAGUCGUUCAUCCCUCGCAAGUGAGAACGAAGUCUCAACAGGAAUCGCUGGCGUUGGAGAAGAUUCCGACUAUUACACUCCCGAAGAUCCUCAUACUACUAUUUUAAGUCCUGUGGCAAAUGAAAAGACAAGCAUUUCCGAGUCGAUCAGCAACAACAAAAUAAACGAAGCAUCACUCAUUACUCCCCUAAAUGUGCUUAAAGAAAGUGCAGUGUCUCUUCCAGACAGUCCAUUGAGCAACAAUUCUCAAGCAUCCCGCAGCUCGGGCGAAAGUUAUUCCUCCAGCUCGUCGACGAAGCAACUUUUGUCGUCGGUAAUUAGCACAACGGACACGCAUCCGACACACAUUGCUAGCAUCGAUCACAUUCGCAUUCCUGACAAAUGCAACGCCAGCAUCGCGAAUGUGUAAAAGAUGCCAGAAAUGUGAUUCGCGACUGCAGUCCACAAAGAGACAUGAAAAAAAUGAACGAAUAACGGUCUUUCGAUAACCUGUAUUUAUUAUAAUGUACUAAAAAACUAUCUGUUAAUCUUAUUAUUGAAUUAUUUCAAGACAUUUAAACUCAAUAUUAUACACAAACACACAUUUUAUAGAGAAGAAUUUUCUUGGCACGAAGGUUGAAGCAAUGAGGAAAAGUGUUUCAUGUUACAAAGUUUGAUAUUAAAAAAUAUAAUUUUUAAGUUUGAAUUAGCAAAAACGCGAUUUUCAAAUUUUUAACGGUCGUUUUUUGAAUUGACAUUUAAAAAUUUUUAUUAAAAAAAUGACGAUUUUCAACAAAAUUUAAUUUUUUUUUGCUUCUUUUAAAUUUUUUAAAUUAAUUUUUGAUUAAAAUUUUUUAAAAUUGAAAUUUAGGUAAUAAUUUAAUGUUUAUCAAAAAAUUUGAAAUAGAAACAUUCUUGACAUUUUUGAAUAUUUUUUGACUUAAAAUUUAAUAAAUUUACAGUUUUUAUUAAAAUCAUACGAAAAAACGACUUAAAAUUUCUGAAA